AUGGCGGAUGUCAAUAUUUGUAUCACUGGUUUUCAAGUUGCCAGCAAUUGCGAGCUUGACUUGGCUUUGAAGAAAAUGAACGCAGUUACACGCAACUGUAAAGACGAAAAUGAAAUUAGUCAACUCUUGCAAGACAAAAGCAGAGACUGGUUCUUCCUACUUGAUGACUUUCAGGGUCCACUGUUUGACAUGUUGAAACUAAAGCGGCAGAGGAUAAUUGGUCCGCCGAUCGUCUUAUCUUGCGCUGACAGUAAUCAGUCAUUACCCAACUGUAUUAGGCCAUUAUAUUGUACAUUAUUGCAAGGAACGAUUUUAUGCUUUACCGGCUUUAAAGAGAAAGAUGCAAUUGCAAAAUUAGUAAACAUGGUACAUUUUAUGGGAGCAAGUAUUCGUAAGGAAAUGACUGCAAGGGUAACUCAUCUUAUUGCUAACACAGUUCAGGGUGAAAAAUAUCGUGUAAGUAAAUAUCUCCCUACCACAUCGCUAUAUUAUUUCGGUUACGAUUGUGUGGUAAUGGCAGAAAAUCAGAUGCUUAUGAUUGAUAAUGAAUUAUUAGCUAUAGUCAUUCAUGCGCUAUUGACAAAUUUGAUUUUGGAAUUUUUAACUGUUGAUGAGAAUAGGCAGCAGUAA